AAUAGAACAGAUUUAUAAUUGGACACCCAUCUCAAACAUUGUCAGUUAGGAGACGUGGUUGUAGCGGUUUUCAUACCCUUUUAAAAAUGAGUAAUCCUGAUCCUUUCGUUUCGGUUGAAUUCGAGGUUUAUGGCAAAGUUCAAGGAGUCUAUUUUACCAAAUAUUGUAAAGAAAUGUGUGAACAACUUGGGAUAAGCGGUUGGGUCAAAAAUACGAAAAAAGGGACCAUUCAAGGGAAACUUCAAGGACCAAGAGGAAAUGUUGAACACAUGAUUAUUUGGUUGUCGAAUACUGGAUCUCCAGGUAGUCAGAUCGACCACUGCGAUUUGAAUAACUGGCAAACUUUAGCAAAACCUGAUUUUAAAGGAUUUACGAUAAGGUUUUAAAGGCGUCAUUUGACAAAUCAUUACCAAAAUGUUACAUUCAUGACAUGUAUUUAUUUGUAUUAAGCAAUGUUUUCGUAUUACAGUUAGUAUCUUAAGUGCAAUUUUGUAUAACAAAGCUUUGGAUCAUAUAAACUUAUAUUAAUAAA